GGCCCAGAGCUUUCUGUUGCUAUGGCAACGUAGUGGCCGCCGGGCCCUGUAGAAGUUCUCUCGGCAUUGUGCAGGGAGCAACUCCGGAGUUCACCGUCUUGUCUCGGUGAGCGAGCGCGAGCAGCCGAGUCACACCAUGAAUAGGUUAAAUGUUCUUGUGGGGCAAGGGAUUCCCAGGCCAGCGGCCCCUAAGGUUUCUGGAAUGAUGGAAGUGAUUGCUCCUGAAGAUGGAUUUGUCUUAGAAACUCGUUUGCCUUUGUCAAGGCAUAAUGGCUUAGGAAGGACAGAUGCAAUGAAGGAACAGAAGAAUAGACAUAAUGGAAGAUUGCAUGUGUUUGGUCCAGAAGAAGAAGUAGUUAUUGAACCAGUUCAAACAGUCCCACGCAUGGGAUGUGGAAAAGAAUCUACAAGCAGAUCUUAUACUCCAUCAAAGCAGAUCUUAUUAUGUACAGCUAAAUCAUUAGAAAAACGGAAUGCUUUAGCAACAAGAAUUGCAAAAAAGAAAAAUCUAAAGAUGAAUGUAAGACUGCAUGACUGCAUUGAAGAAGAAGCAGAUGAAAAAAUGAAAAAUUCCAGGAUUGUUGAAAAGGCUGUCAACAGUGAGGUCUAUACUGAACCACAAAGGGAUAGUGUGGACAAAAAAAAUGCUGAUGAAAAACCACCAGAUGGUUCAGAUGAUGAAGAUGCCAAUGGUCAAACAGACAAUGAAACUGAAAAGAGAAUUGCACCACUACAAUUGAUGGGAGAGUUUCUGAAAGCAGUAAUGGAACGGAAGUACAAUAUUGCAAAGAAACUUUGUCAGAUGAUUCUGAUAUAUGAACCAAACAACCCUGAAGCUAAGCAGUUUCUUCCACUGAUUGAGAAAAAGCUGCUUCUGGAAAGUCAAUGUGCUGACAAAGAUGAAGAAACUGGCGAAGGGAGCAGUGAUGAGAAUGAAGAUACCAGCAGUUCAGAAGGCAGUGAGACUGAAAGUGAAACAAGUUCUGAAGAUUCUGAUAAAAAUUUAUAGAAAUUUGGAAGCGCCAUAAAUGAGUGUUUCUUUUUAUGUUUUAUUUUUCUGCAAAAUACAUUA